AUGGGACCGCACUCGUCUAAACACCAUCAUCGGCGUGGUUCAACGCCAGCGAAAUCAGACACCUUGCAUCCAUCAAGAUUGGCACCGACGAAAUCUGAUUCGUCCAUCUCUGUACGCAAAUAUGAUCUAUCGAGUUUUGCUGUGAUUGCUGUGAUUUUCAAUCCGAUGAAAUAUAAAUCUCGUUAUAAUCACUACAAUAAAUUUCAAGCGCAUAUGGCUCAAUCCGGUGUGACAUUAUUUACUGUGGAGUGUAUAUUCGAGUCAGCCGAACGAUUCGGCCUGUCGAGUCAACAGUUUGAACUAACUAAAAAUGGUGAUUGGCGGCAUAUACAAGUCACAGCUCCGUCUAUCCUCUGGAUGAAAGAAAACUUGAUCAAUAUUGCACUUAAAUAUUUACCGCAACAUUUUGAAUACAUUGCAUGGGUCGAUGCAGAUAUUGAAUUUGAAAGUCUAGAUUGGCCACACCGAACUAUUGCUGAACUUCAGCGAUAUUCCAUUGUACAAAUAUUUGAAUUGUCAUAUUUUCUUGGGCCCGGUGGCAAAAGUGAUGUUUUGCGUCGCGAUUAUUCAUUGGGAUAUUCUAUUCGAAAGAAUAAACCAAUUGAUCCACGACGAUAUGACGAGUGGUAUCCACAUCCUGGUUAUGCUUGGGCGAUGCGUCGCUCUGCGAUGAAUGCAAUUGGAGGUUUAAUCGAUUUUUGUAUUAUUGGAUCCGGUGAUUUACAUUUUGCUUUUGCGUUAAUUGGUCGAAUUGAGGAAACACUUCGGCCGGGUUUACAUCACGAUUACCGACAACUAGCACUUGCAUGGGGGCAACGAGUAGCAGAGCAAGCUCGAAAUGGUGCAAAUGUUGGUUACGUGCCUGUCAAUAUCUAUCAUCAUUGGCAUGGUGAAAGAAAAGAUCGAAACUAUAUUGAUCGAUGGGCAAUUCUUGAAAGACACCAGUUUUCACCAAUUAAUGAUUUAGAGAAAAAUAAUGAUACUGGCCUUAUUCGUUUAGCAGAUAAAUCACAUUUGGGACAAAUUGAGGUUCAACGUAUGGAAAUGCUCGAACGUGACAUUGUUGCAUAUCUUCAAUCGCGCAAUGAAGAUAAGAAAACAAAAACUACCAACCCUCCGCAACCUCCUCCACCGGUUAGGAAUACUCCUUCAAAACCAUCGAAGCCACCUCCUCCACGUACUACGGGUGGUGGCGGCUUGAAACCAACAAAAUUUAACACGUCAUACUCAACACGUCCUCCAGGUCAUUACAUAUGGUCUUCUGGUCCAUCUGGCUCACAUGUCGAUGACCAUAAUCCUUAUCUGGAUCAAUGUACUUGUCCUGGCCACUGUCAUCAUCCUGAUAAUCAUGAUUGUCCAUGUGCACCUCACCACAUGGACGAUCAACAUUGUUGGCCAUCCACGGACUGUGAUGAUCACGACGACCACCAUCAUCAUCAUGACCACGGUGAUCAACACUGUGGACCAUCCACAGGCCAUGAUGACGAUCAUCAUCAUCAUCAUCAUCAUCAUAAUGAUCACGACCACCAUCAUCAUGACCAUGACCAUCAUAUAGACAUUUGUCCGCCAUCUGAUCAACAUGGGCAUGGUUCUCACCCAGAUACAUAUUUACCGUCUGAUAACUAUGACGGCGGCCAUCAUUCGACUCAUGAUCACGGCGACCAUGGUGGUUAUGAUAAUGAUUAUUCGUAUGGAGGAGGUGGACAUCAUGAUUCAGAUUAUAAUGGUCCUGGAAGUUUUUACUAA